AACUCAACACCAUUAUUAGAAAACGAAGACUGCAAAGAAAAACUGUGUUAUCAAUGUUUGGUUUCAGUCCAAACACAGAUCAACUAAUGAACAAAAUCAAAAUCAAACUGAAACCGAACAGAUGAAGGGAAAAGAAGAAGCCCAUAGCACAAGAAAAACAAUCAGAAGCCCAUAGAACAAGAGGGUGUAAGAAGAGAAAGGAAAAUAAAGAGUGUUUUUGGUUAAUCACAUAGAGGUGCUUAAGCUGUGGUUAAAAGUAAAAAUAUACAUGUAUCUUCUUCCAAUUGGCUAAUAUAUCAUAUUAGUAAUUUACUUAAAAGAAUUUAAAAAAAAUAAUUUUACAGUGAUGAAAAUAAAACAAAAUAUAAUUUUAAUUUUUAGUUUUUAAAAAUAUUUUCUCUAUUUUUUUAUUUGAUUAAAAAUGAAAAUAAAAGUCUAAAAGGAAAAAUGAAAAUAAAAGCCCCGUAAUUUUCCGUCUGAAAAUCUUCUUUCGGAAGCAAGACUGAAACUUGAAAAACUGGAGAACAAGGAGAAACAAGAAAAAACAAAAGAAAACUCAAAAAUCAGAAAGAAUAUUCGAAAGAAAAUUUUAGAGCUACGUUAUUCUUAGGUAAAAUGAACUCCAGCAACAGCAACAAUGGCCAAAGCAACAGCGGUAAGAGCAGCAAUUUCGAUAAUUUAAACCAAGAUCUCGCUUUACACUUCUUGGAGUUGGCUCGGAUCGGCUCGUCUAAGGCUGCGGUCGAGAUGGAGGAGGAGGAUGAGGAGGCACCCAAAGAGCUCAACACAAUAAAUAGCUCAGGAGGGUUCUUGGUUGUGACGCCUGAUAAGUUGUCGGUGAAGUAUACGAUCGUAAGCCUCCAUGGCCACGAUGUCGGUGUGGUUCAAGCCGAUAAGCCGGCUCCGAUGAGGCGUCUGCUUUAUUACUUCGAGAUUUAUGUGAAGGACGCUGGGGCAAAGGGACAGAUUGCUAUUGGGUUCACCAAUGAAGGCUUCAAGAUGCGAAGGCAACCAGGGUGGGAAGUAAACAGUUGCGGGUAUCACGGGGAUGAUGGAUUGCUAUACCGUGGGCAAGGAAAGGGAGAUGCUUUUGGUCCAACAUAUACAACUGGAGAUACGGUUGGUGGUGGCAUCAACUAUGCUUCACAGGAAUUCUUUUUCACUAAAAAUGGGGCAAUAGUAGGAACUGUUAGCAAGGAAAAGGAAAUGAAGGGCCGCUUAUUUCCCACAAUUGCUGUUCACAGCCAAAAUGAGGAGGUUCAUGUCAACUUUGGGCAAAAGAAGUUUGCUUUUGAUGUGAAGGAAUAUGAAGCUCAAGAAAGGUUGAAGCAGCAGAUGACUAUUGAAAAGAUAUCUCUACCACCUAAUAUUAGUUAUGGACUUGUUCGUUCCUACUUGUUACAUUAUGGCUAUGAAGAUACACUCAAUUCAUUUGAUCUGGCUAGUAAAAGUACUAUCCCUCCUAUCUGUAUAGCUCAAGAAAAUGGCUUUGAUGAGCAGGAUGUUCUGUAUGCACUAAAUCAGAGAAAGACUAUACGGCAGCUAAUCAGGAAUGGCGAGAUUGAUGCAGCUAUGAACAAACUCCGUGAUUGGUAUCCCCAGAUUGUUCAGGACGACAAAUCAGCUGCAUGCUUUCUGCUGCACUGCCAAAAGUUUAUUGAAUUGAUUCGGGUUGGAUCACUGGAAGAGGCUGUCAAGCAUGGAAGGAUUGAAUUAUAUAAAUUUUUUGGGUUGGCCGAAGCUGAUGAUCCAUUUGACGAUUUAGUGCAGAAAUGCGUUGCUCUGCUGGCAUAUGAACGUCCACAGGAAUCCCCUGUUGGAUAUCUUCUCGAAGAGUCUCAUCGAGAUGUUGUGGCGGACACAGUUAAUGCAAUGAUAUUGUCAACAAAUCCCAAAAUGAAAGACGUGCACGGCUGCAUACAAUCUUAUCUUGAGAGACUACUCCGGCAGCUAACAGCAUGCUGUUUGGAGAGAAGGUCAGCAAAUGGCGGUCAGGGUGAAGCUUUCCAUUUGCAUCGGCUUCUUAAUAGCAGUAGAGAGACAUAAGUGGUAGCUGACAUAUGUGUAAAUUUGCAUCCCUCAGCUUUUCUUUAAAUCUCUUUUAUGUCCAUAUCAUCAGUAGCUUCGUAAGAAUAUUUCUAAGUGAUUUCAUUGGUUAUAGAGAGUAUAGCACCCCCUUCCCCUUAGGGUUCCUAACAAAAAAAAAAAAAAAGAUUUAUAUAAUAUAUUUCUAAAGAUGGGGUGUUUCUCCUGAUGUUUGUAAGCUUUUCUUCACAAACUUAAAGGCAAAGUUUCAAAAUCUUCUGAAUCCAGGUGAGGCUCACUUGAAUUAUAUACAUUUUUCAUUUGCUGUAGUCGGUAGAAGCGAUUUUGAAUUAGUUUUUUUUAUUAUUUCAUAUAUAUAUUACAAUUUGAGACGAUUAUCCAAAA